AUGUCUACUACUGGAAAAACAAUUUCACUUCCUACAAUUAAUGAAGUUGAAGGAUAUAAGACAACGAAGGCUCUGAUAAAAUUUUUAGAUAACCAAGAUAUAGGACUGGAUGAUAAUAAUUUCAAAAUUCUUUGUGAACAAAAAGUUGAUAGCGAAAUGUUCCUCAGCUUAAAUGUCGAUAAACUUAUGCAAGAUGGUUUAAAAAGAGGACCAGCUAAAAAGAUUUACCUCACAUCAGAAGUUUAUUGUAUUAGUUCCAGCGCCUGGAAGGAUUUUGGUCAACUAUAUGACUAUUUGAAAAAUUGUAUUGAUUUUGUGAGUCCAUUAGAAAAUUACAAGUUCAUUGUUGGUGAUAAAGAAAUGAAUUUUGGAAAAGUGAAUGAACCAUCAAAAGAUCUGUCAUAUCAUACUUAUCAUACUAGAAGUGAAGAUGAUGAAGAAAUUGUACAGAAAGCUUUUAAUAGAACUUUUCAAGAUUUAAGUAACUUUUUAGAAAGGUUCAUACAAUUUAUUGACAAGUGUUUAGAUGAUUAUGAAACAAUAAAAGGUUCAGUUAAAUACCUGUUUGCAUUUGAUGAAGCUCGUACACUAGUUGGUAAGAAUGCUGAAAACACUGUGGAUAUAAAUUUCAAUUCUGUUAAUUUUAAGGAAGCCAUGACAUUAAAGGAUGAUACUAAAGGGAUGGAACCAGAACAUAUUAUCGAAUUGGCUAUGGACAAGCUUAUUGGUGGACAAUUUUUCAAUGUUUGGAGAAAAAACCUAAUUAAAAUAUUGGAUACUUUGACUAUUCUAAGACCUCAUUUAUGUGUCAAAAUAGCGCCACAAUCUGAAUAUGUGCCUGAUUUAAUAGCAAACAAUAUGCACCUUUGUAUUAAAGUCUUAGAUGAUCAUAAAUACAUUGUUACUGUGAUGCCUACCGAACCUGUGCUAGCAGAAGCUAGUGCUCAAAUAAUGAAUAAUUCGCAUAUCAGCCUUACAGAACUUAUUAAUAAGCUAUCUGAAGCCUUAAAAAAAGGCAUAAUAGAGACUG